AUGAAACCCUAAACAAGGCAGGGGGUAGGGUUUUAUUAUUAUUGGGAUACUAUCUCGUCAUUUCAGCGCCUCUGUCAUUCUUCACUCCCAAACAGGUAAGUGUUAAGGAAAGGAAGGUAAAAAAAGAUGGUUGAGAAAACAAAAGGAAGAAAAGAAGAGGUUGUUACCAGGGAGUACACCAUUAACCUUCACAAGCGUCUUCAUGGAUGCACAUUCAAGAAGAAGGCACCCAAGGCCAUCAAGGAGAUCAAGAAGUUUGCCCACAAGGCCAUGGGUACAACUGAUGUGAGAGUGGAUGUCAAGCUAAACAAGCACAUCUGGAGCCGAGGUAUCAGAAGUGUCCCAAGGAGAGUCAGAGUCCGAAUCGCAAGGAAGAGGAACGAUGACGAAGAUGCUAAGGAAGAGCUCUACUCACUUGUCACAGUUGCAGAGAUCCCUACUGAAGGGUUGAAGGGGCUUGGAACAAAGAUCAUCGACGAUGAUGAGUGAUUAAUCAAAACCAACCUUUUUGAAAUACCAUGCAGAGCUUAGUUUUUUAUAUCCGUGUUAUCUUUGUUUGGAUUCUACUAUUUACAGUUGGAUUCUACUAUUUACAGUUCCCAUGACUCUAUCUACCGUUUGUUGGGCUAUAUAACCUUUUGCUGAA